AUGGUUAAAAGAUCAAGUUAAAACAUUUAUUCUGUCGUUUAAGUAUCUAACUACUUUUUCUUAAAAUAGUUUUAAUUGAUAUCCAAAUAUAUGUAAUUUAGAUAAAAUUAUUUCUUUUCGGUUUUCCUUUUUACUAGUUAUUACAAGUUCUUUCGAAAAUGAUCCUUUUUAUUUUUUCAUAUAACAAAAAAAAUCCCUUAAAUAUACACUUAACAAUUUUGAUGUUUUAAAUUUAUCAAAUAUUAACACUUUUAGCCGGAAUAAUUAAAUUUAGCCAAAGGGCUAUUUUGAACACCCCCUUCAAAUAUAAGGACCAUUUUUGCCAUUUUCUCUUCCUUUUUCUCUUAAACCUUAACAUAACACUAGUUUUUCUCUCUUAAAUCUUUAUAAUUCUAAUAUUCAGCGAAAAAUUGCAGAUUUGUGCUUUAAUUUCCUAUUUCUACUUAUAUUGGUAGUUUUGUAUCAUAGCUAUGGGAAGUAGAUUAGGAAGAAGAGUUGUAAACUUUGCGAAUCUUCCGAUUAAACUCCUCAUGCCUUCCUCUUUCUCCAACAUCACCGAGAUCGCCCUCAAAACCAUCCCCGCUGCUUCCAAGAUUGAGAUAAAGAGGGUUUUGGAGUCUCUCUAUGGCUUUGAAGUUGAAAAGGUCCAAACUCUUAACAUGGAUGGAAAGAAGAAGAAGAGAGGUGGGCUGUUAAUUGCUAAACCAGACUACAAAAAAGCUUAUGUUACUCUUAAGAAUCCAUUGUCUAUAUCGCCCGACCUUUUCCCUAUACGAGUGAUCCAAGAGGAAAAGAAGAAUAUGAGUAACAAAUCUAAGUCGUCUAGCAUUGUUGAGGAUGAUGAACCUAAGAAGAUGCAUUGGCUUGAGGAGAAGAAAGAUGGAAGGAAUAGGCCAGAUAUGAGAUUCGGUCGUGGCCGUUACCAUGGUGAAGAACGUUCUGAUGUUGGCCGCGACCGUGGUAGAGAUGUUGGCUCUGCAGCGGCAAAGUUCCCUUGGAGCAGUAUGAGGUCUUACACUUCUAGAUAAAGCAUGUGCAAUGAGAGGAACAAUUGUUGCAAGGCUAACUUGUCGUCGCAGCCAUAGUUUGAAAUGUGAAAACAAACAUGCAUGCCUAGUGAUACAAGCGUCUAUUGGUAGCGGCUGAUCCCAUGAAGUCACCAAGGGCAGUCAGUCACUGCGUUCACUUAAGUUCUCGUAAGCAAUGAUAAAGGAAGAGGGAGCAUUUGCAUCAACCUAAGCGUUGGCCGGAGGCAUCCUUCUUCCCAUGAACCACAUUAGGUGUGAUGUAUUUGGGAAAACUCAGAUGAAUAUUUUUCAGAAUAAUGGUAUUCUUUUGUUCAAUAAAAUCCUAUGAAGUUGAGACUCU